AGCUUUUUUACAAUCAAAACCGAGCAAAAGUUUUCCAGGUAAGAAUUUUAUAUUUUUUUGUAUUGUUGUGUAAUUAUAUACCUAUAUACAAUUUAAAGGGCGGCUUGACAACAAAGCCGUUGUGAUGAUUGGAAUGUAGAUUAAGUAUUAACCUGAUGAGUUUGUUUACACGGUGUUCAAAGUCUUGAAUAGUUUAUAAAUUUCGAGACGAACGUGAAACAAUGUGUAUCGUGAGACAAUGUGUUCUAGACUAGACCCCAAACAUUACAUUCCUUCUAGAACUAAAACUCACAACAACGAAUAUUUUAAUCUUUUGUUUGAUCUUACGACUGUUAUACUUAUUGAACCACUUUUUCAUGACAAUAAAGUCAGUUUGUUUCAUAGUAUUAUCAGUAAAUUUAAACAAAGCUAUUAAUAUUCAUCAGACAUUGUUACUUUGUUGAGUCUGAUGUUUUACUUUUUUAAUAUCAGUUGAUCACAUUUGAAAUUUUGGCUUUGCCAACAACCUUGUUAGCCAAACCACGGACGGUAAAAUUAGUGAAAACGUGAAAUGUUGAGAGGCUACAAAUUGUUUUGUUGUCAUUACGUAAAUGUGUUUUCAUAUUUUAUGUCUUUUGACGAUGCAGUCACUACACUCUACGUACAAUAUCCCCAUUUUUGAUAAACUUACAAAAUAAAUAAUUGUAUUUCACUUACAAGAAUGAAACUAUAAUUAGUCACACAUGGGGCAAAGUAACAGUGCAGACGUCAGUGCGCCGUCGCCAAUAGUUGGAGACAUUCCUGAUGAUGGUUCGUUAAUUUUCCAUAGAUGGGAUCAUCAAUUAAGUCAUCCCGACAUGAAAUAGGUUCACAAAUCACAUGUUUACUUACCAAGUAUAAUGUGCAGACUUAAGAGUCUAGAUAUAUAUCAUAAGUCACAAUUUAACCGAAACAUUAUAUUUUCAGAGCGUGAUUCUGUAGACCUAAGCAACGAUGAGAUAGAACAAGGGAUUUUGGAGGCGUCUUUGCCAUUGCCAGACCUUGAUGACACGAUCCAAGCUCCUGAAACAGAGACUCCGACAGGUACGUAUUAUUAAUCGGGUGGGAACUGCUUUUAUUGCCUGAAGGAUGUUCCGGGACCGGAAUUAAGACCGGGAAUAUAAUCGGGACUGAUAUUUUUGAGUUACCAGUAAUUGAUCGGGGUUCAGCUAAAAUUUGAUACAAACAUUAGCUUGAUUUCAAUUUUGCAUGAAAUGAUUUGAAUGCAUAACAUUUCAGCUGAUGUGUCAGAUAUCCACAAGGAACAACUCCAGACAACCGAAGAGAAUACCACUGAAGUAAUCGAGAAGGAAACACCAGUCAUGGAAAUUGAAGCACCAGCUGUCGAAGUGGAAACACCAAAUGUAGAAGUGAAAAAAACAGCUGUAAUUGAAGUUAAAACACCAGCUGUCGAACUCGAAACACCAGCUGUCGAACUCGAAACACCAGCUGUCGAACUCGAAACACCAGCUGUUGAAAUCGAAACACCAUCUGUUGAAAUCGAAACACCAUCUGUUGAAAUCGAAACACCAGCUGUUGAAAUCGAAGCACCAGCUGUUGAACUCGAAGCACCAGCUGUUGAACUCGAAGCACCAGCUGUUGAAAUCGAAGCACCAGCUGUCGAACUCGAAGCACCAGCUGUUGAAAUCGAAGCACCAGCUGUCGUACUCGAAGCACCAGCUGUCAAACUCGAAGCACCAGCUGUUGAAAUCGAAGCACCAGCUGUCGAACUCGAAGCACCAGCUGUCGAACUCGAAGCACCAGCCGUCGAACUCGAAGCACCAGCUGUCGAACUCGAAGCACCAGUUCAAGUUGAAACACCAGCAUUCGAAUUAGAGGUUGAAACACCAGCUUUUGAAGUUGAGAUACCUGCUCUUGAAGUCGAAAGACCAGUUGAUGAAAUAGAAACGCCAGCUGUUGAAGUUGAAACACCAGCCGUCGAAUUAGAGGUUGAAAAACCAGCUUUUGAAAUAGAAACACCAGCUGUUGAAAUAGAGGUUGAAGCACCAGUUGUCGAAUUAGAGGUUGAAACACCAGCCGUUGAAAUCGAAACACCAUCCGUUGAAAUAGAAACACCAGCUGUUGAAAUCGAAACAGCAGCUGUCGAAAUCGAAGCACCGGCAACUGUUGAAAUUGAAACACCAGCUGUCAACGUAGAAACACCAGCUGUUGAAAUUGAAGCACCAACUAUUGAAGUUGAAACAGCAGCACUCAAAUUAGAGAUUGAAGCACCAGCUGUCGAAAUCGAAACACCAGCUGUUGAAAUCGAAGCACCAGCAACUGUUGAAGUUAAAACAUCAGCUGUUGAAAUCGAUACACCAUCCAUUGAAAUAGAAACACCAGCUGUCGAACUCGAAGCACCAGCAACUGUCGAAGUUGAAACUCCAGCUGUUGAAGUAGACGUUAAAACUCCGGUAUUCAGCGUGGAGGUAGAAACACUAGCUGUCAACGUAGAAACACCAGCUGUUGAAAUCGAAGCACCAAUUAUUGAAAUCGAAGCACCAAAUGUAGAAGUGAAAAUACCUGCUCUUGAAGUAAACAUUGAAACACCAGCUGUCGAAUUAGAGGUUGAAACACCAGCUUUUGAAGUUGAGACACCUGCUCUUGAAGUCGAAAGACCAGUUGUUGAAAUAGAAACGCCAGCUGUUGAAGUUGUAACAACAGCAGUCGAAGUAGAAGUUGAAGCACCAGUUGUUGAAAUCGAAACAACAUCCGUUAAAAUAGAAACACCAGCUGUCGAAAUCGAAACACCUGCUGUCGAAUUAGAGGUUGAAACACCUGCUCUUGAAGUGGAAACAUCGGUUGUAGAAGUUGAAACACCAGCCGUCGAAUUAGAGGUUGAAACACCAGCUUUAGAAAUCGUUGCUCCAGCUAUCGAAGUGGAGACACCAGCCGUCGAAUUAGAGGUUGAAACACCUGCUCUUGAAGUGGAAACAUCAGCUGUCGAAGUUAAAACACCUGCUGUCGAAUUAGAGGUUGAUACACCAGCUUUCGAAAUCGAAACACCAGUUCUCGAAGUGGAAACACCAGCCGUCGAAUUAGAGGUUGAAACACCAGCUUUCGAAAUCGUUGCUCCAGCUAUCGAAGUGGAGACACCAGCCGUCGAAUUAGAGGUUGAAACACCAGCUUUCGAAAUCGUUGCUCCAGCUAUCGAAGUGGAGACACCAGCCGUCGAAUUAGAGGUUGAAACACCUGCUCUUGAAGUGGAAACAUCGGUUGUCAAAGUUGAAACACCAGCCGUCGAAUUAGAGGUUGAAACACCAGCUUUCGAAAUCGUUGCUCCAGCUAUCGAAGUGGAGACACCAGCCGUCGAAUUAGAGGUUGAAACACCUGCUCUUGAAGUGGAAACAUCGGUUGUCGAAGUUGAAACACCUGCUGUCAAAUUAGAGGUUGAAACACCAGCUUUCGAAAUCGCUGCUCCAGCUAUCGAAGUGGAGACACCAGCCGUCGAAUUAGAUGUUGAAACACCUGCUCUUAAAGUGGAAACAUCAACUGUCGAAGUUGAAACACCUGCUGUCGAAUUAGAGGUUGAAACACCAGCUUUCGAAAUCGUUUCUCCAGCUAUCGAAGUGGAGACACCAGCCGUCAAAUUAGAUGUUGAAACACCUGCUCUUGAAGUGGAAACAUCGGCUGUCGAAGUUGAAACACCUGCUAUCGAAUUAGAGGUUGAAACACCAGCUUUCGAAAUCGUUGCUUCAGCUAUCGAAGUGGAGACACCAGCCGUCGAAUUAGAGGUUGAAACACCUGCUCUUGAAGUGGAAACAUCAUCUGUCAAAGUUGAAACACCUGCUGUCAAAUCAGAGGUUGAAACACCAGCUUUCAAAAUCGAAACACCAGCAAUUCCCGAAGUAGAAACACCAGCCGUCGAAUUAGAGGUUGAAACACCUGCUCUUGAAGUGGAAACAUCAGCUGUCGAAGUGGAGACACCAGCCGUCGAAUUAGAGGUUGAAACACCUGCUCUUGAAGUGGAAACAUCAUCUGUCAAAGUUGAAACACCUGCUGUCAAAUUAGAGGUUGAAACACCAGCUUUCAAAAUCGAAACACCAGUUAUUCUCGAAGUGGAAACACCAGCCGUCGAAUUAGAGGUUGAAACUCCAGUUUUCGAAAUCGCUGCUCCAGCUAUCGAAGUGAAGACACCAGCCGUCGAAUUAGAGGUUGAAACACCUGCUUUUGAAAUGGAAACAUCAGCUGUCGAAGUUGAAACACCUGCUGUCGAAUUAGAGGUUGAAACACCAGCUUUCGAAAUCGUUUCUCCAGCUAUCGAAGUGGAGACACCAGCCGUCAAAUUAGAUGUUGAAACACCUGCUCUUGAAGUGGAAACAUCGGCUGUCGAAGUUGAAACACCUGCUAUCGAAUUAGAGGUUGAAACACCAGCUUUCGAAAUCGUUGCUCCAGCUAUCGAAGUGGAGACACCAGCCGUCGAAUUAGAGGUUGAAACACCUGCUCUUGAAGUGGAAACAUCAUCUGUCAAAGUUGAAACACCUGCUGUCAAAUCAGAGGUUGAAACACCAGCUUUCAAAAUCGAAACACCAGCAAUUCCCGAAGUAGAAACACCAGCCGUCGAAUUAGAGGUUGAAACACCUGCUCUUGAAGUGGAAACAUCAGCUGUCGAAGUGGAGACACCAGCCGUCGAAUUAGAGGUUGAAACACCUGCUCUUGAAGUGGAAACAUCAUCUGUCAAAGUUGAAACACCUGCUGUCAAAUUAGAGGUUGAAACACCAGCUUUCAAAAUCGAAACACCAGUUAUUCUCGAAGUGGAAACACCAGCCGUCGAAUUAGAGGUUGAAACUCCAGUUUUCGAAAUCGCUGCUCCAGCUAUCGAAGUGAAGACACCAGCCGUCGAAUUAGAGGUUGAAACACCUGCUCUUGAAGUGGAAACAUCGGUUGUCGAAGUUGAAACACCUGCUGUCGAAUUAGAGGUUAAAACACCCGCUCUUGAAGUGGAAACAUCGGUUGUCGAAGUUGAAACACCUGCUGUCGAAUCACUAUUAGAGGUUGAAACACCAGCUUUCGAAAUCGUUGCUCCAGCUAUCGAAGUGGAGACACCAGCCGUCGAGUUAGAUGUUGAAACACCUGCUCUUGAAGUGGAAACAUCAGCUGUCGAAGUUGAAACACCUGCUGUCGAAUUAGAGGUUGGAACACCUGCUUUUGAAAUCGUUGUUCCAGCUAUCGAAUUUGAAAUACCAGCUGUCGAAGUUGAAAUCGAAAGACCAGCGGCUGAAGUUUUAACACCAGCAAUCGAAUUAGUGGUGGAAACACCAACUGUUGAUAUAGCAACACCAGCUGUUGAAGUUGAGGUUGAAACACCAACUGUUGAUAUAACAACACCAGCUGUUGAAGUUGAGGUUGAAACACCAACUGUUGAUAUAACAAGACCAGCUGUUGAAGUUGAGGUUGAAGCACCAACUGUUGAUAUAGCAACACCAGCUGUUGAAGUUGAGGUUGAAAUACCAACUGUUGAUAUAACAAAACCAGCUGAGGCUGACGUACCAGAAGUUGAAGUUAAUGUCACAGCAGAAGUGCCGGAAGUUGAGGUAAAAGUUAAAUCACCUGCUGUCGAAAUAGAGACACCAGCCCUGGAAAUUGAAAAACCAGCUGUUCAAAUCGAGGAUGGAACGUCAGCUGUUGAAAUCAAAACAUCAAUCGAAACAGCAGCCAUCAAAUUUGAAUCACCAGCAGUCGAAAUGGAAGCACUAAAAAGAAAAGUUGAAAUCGAAACACCAGCUGCUGAAGUUUUAACACCAGCAAUCGAAUUAGUGGUGGAAACACCAACUGUUGAUAUAACAACACCGGCUGUUGAAGUUGAGGUUGAAAUACCGGCAGUCACAAACGCAACACCGACAGUCGACGAACCCUCUGUUGAGAUUGAACUGUCAGGAUUAACGUCUUAUCUUGAAGCAGGUACUGAUCUCGCUGCAGACACUCCAAAAGCAGUUAUAGAACUGCCAGAGAUUGAACCAGAUGAUAAAAUGCCAGCACUCGAAGUCAAAGCCCCAAAUGUUGAAUUCCUUGAAUCAGUAAUUGUGGAUACUGAAGAAAAAACGCCAAGUCGCCGUCUCUUUAAACGAUUUUCACGAGCUGCAAAAGUUAAAAGUAAAACCACAGCUGUUGAAGUUGAAACACCUGCUGUCGAACUCGAAAUACCAGCUGUCGAAGUAGAAACACCAGUUGUCGAAGUUGAAACACCUGCUGUCGAACUCGAAAUACCAGCUGUCGAAGUAGAAACACCAGUUGUUGAAAUCAAAACACCAGUUGUUAAAAUCGAAGCACCAGCUGUUGAAGUUGAAACACCUGCUGUCGAACUCGAAAUACGGAUACCAGCUGUCGAAGUAGAAUACACAGUUGUCGAAGUAGACACACCUGCUGUUGAAGUCAAAACACCAGCUUUUGAAAUCGAAGCACCAGCUUUUGAAAUCGAAGCUCCAGGUAUUGAAAUCGAAGCACCAGCUGUCGAAGUAGAAACAUCCGCUUUUGAAAUCGAAGCUACAGGUGUUGAAAUUGAAGCACCAGCUGUCGAAGUAGAAACAUCCGCUGUUGAAAUCCAAACACCAGCUGUUGAAAUCGAAACACCAGCUUUUGAAGUUGAAACACUUGCCCUAGAACUCAAAGUGGAAACACCAGCUGUCAAAGUAGAAACACCAGUUGUUGAAAUCAAAACACCAGUUGUUGAAAUCGAAGCACCAGCUGUUGAAGUUGUGACGCCAUCAGUCGAAUUAGAGGUUGAAACACUUGCUGACGAAGUUGAAGUUUCAUCAAUCGACGUGGCAGCUUCAAUCAAAAAAUCAGCUGCUCGUUCUUCAGUAUUGCUACAUCAAACUAAUAUGGAUUCUAUCGCUAAAGAUUAUGAAGCGGCCAAAGAGGAGUUUAGAAAAUUUAUCACUAAGAGUGACAUCAACUACAGGUCCGUGACUUUUUUGAAAUGUUGCCAGCUUAUGCGGGCAUCUCUUAUUGCUGCCCAGUUCAAAAUAACUGGGGCCGGUGAAAUCCCUUUGUUCGAAGAUGUCAUACCUAACAAAAAGUUAAAAAAAGGUGUAUCUAAACUUACAUCAGUCUUGAGAUUGAAGAAAAAGAAGUCUAGCAAGAAAAACGGAAACAUAGAUCUUGUUACUUCUCAACUUCCUGAGGGUUCGGGUUUGAAAAAAUAUAAUUGCAGUACAGUUGCAGAACAGCCUCUGUCCAAAAAACAAAUUCAACGUCAGAAAGAAUUGGGUAACGCUGCCAUCAACCUUUACACGGAAGUGAUCCAAUGUUACCAGAACUACAAAACCAUGAUGCAGACUGCACAGAGCUGGGAAGGUGCAAAGUUGGAGCCCAGGUACGGAGACAGUAUGGAUUAUAUGCAGGAGGAGGUCAUGAUGGCUACAAUGAUUCUCACCGGCCAGUGCUCGCCGGAUUAG